AUGGGUAAAGAGAGUAAAGUUGAAUACAAAGACUUUGAACAAAUAAAAAAAAGAAUCGGAGAUUUAGAAAAAAGAAUUGAGGAAAGAAAAAAUGUUAAGCUUUUUCGUAAACCAAUAAAAACAAUCAAAUACUUUGUAUAUAUAUUAUGGGAACAGUUUGUUAAAGCAAUUAAAUAUUUUCAAUGUAGACCAUAUUUAUUAUUCUUUAUUAGUUUAGUAGCAUCAUUUACAUUAUUAUCUGUCUACAUGCCAGGCGAACAUCAAAAGUAUAUGGGCAAAUAUUCAGAUUUAAUUUCAAUUGGUAUUUGGUGGGUAGGAUUAGGUGUAUUGUCAUCAAUUGGUUUAGGUACUGGUUUACAUACAUUUGUAUUGUAUUUAGGACCACAUAUUGCAAAAGUAACUUUAGCAGCAACUGAAUGGAACAGCGUCGAUUUUAAUGUUUAUGGUCCAAAUGCAUUCAUUCAACCAACAAGUGUCAGCGACGAAGCUAUUACUUUUUGGAUGAUUUUACAAAAGGUUCAAUGGGCAGCUUUAUUAUGGGGUGCUGGUACAGCAAUUGGUGAGUUACCACCAUAUUUUGUUGCUCGUACUGCUCGUUUAAAGGGUUUAAAAUUAGAGAAAGAAAAGAAAUCAAAAGAAGAAAAUAAUUUAGAAAAAAAAGAGGAAGAAAAUAAAGGUUUACUUCAAAAAUUAUCAGAUAAAAUUCCAGCAUUAAUCGGAAACCUUGGUUUCUUUGGUAUUUUAGCUUUUGCUUCAAUUCCAAAUCCAUUAUUCGAUUUAGCAGGUAUUACUUGUGGUCAUUUCCUUGUACCAUUUUGGAAAUUCUUUGGUGCUACCUUUAUUGGUAAAGCAGUCAUUAAAGCCCACAUUCAAGCAUGUUUUGUAAUUUUAGCUUUCAAUAUGUCCACUCUUACAAUGGUUAUCAGUUUUAUUGAAGCCAAAAUCCCAUUUUUAAAAAAUAAAAUACAACCAAUUUUAGAAAAAGAAAGACAAAAGUUAAAUUCAAACAUUGCAUCAAAUGCACCAAAAAGUUUUGUUGGAAUUUUAUGGGAUGGAUUUUUAUUCUUAAUGAUUUCAUACUUUAUCAUCUCAAUUGUUGAAUCAAGCGUUCAAGAAUAUCUUAUCGAAAAAGAUAAUAAAAAAAUUAAACAAUUACAAUCAAACAAACAUUUUGCAAAUAAUGAAAAUAUAAAACCCAAAGAAACAAAGAAAACUAAAUAA